AUGGCAGCUUUAAAAGUUAUUAUCCUUAUGAUGUUCUUCGGGGUUAUUUGCGAGAGUGCACGGGUUCAAGAUGUAGAUUACGAUACACUGAUGUCCUUGCUGGAUGAGUACGAGGAUGACAACAAUAAGGUGUCGUCUUCUUCAGUGCAUGAUCAAUAUGAGAGCGAAGAGGAGAGACGAGUUGGAGGCGGCGGCGGCAUUCAAUUCAGUGUCAGCAAGCCUUCGGUGGGAACGCUUUUAAGCCCAAAAGUGGAGGUUCUCAGCUUGGUGGAAGCUUUCCUCCGACUCAAAGGAGAAAUGGCGUCACGUGUGAACGCCCUGAUCAACGACAACUUCGAUCUGUUUCAACGUGUGUACAAUCUCUUCAUGAACAAAAUCUCCAAGGUGCAUUCCAUCACGUUGGCCGGUGUUCGCUGUCUGAGGAAGAUCGUCGAAUUUGCGGUAGGCGUCAUCUCUUCUUGGGAAAUCGCCAAACCUUCAGUGUCUUUCGGUUUUCAGAACUACUAA